UUACAUUCGAAAAUGAUAAUCUUGAAGAGUUGAAUGGUGCAUCCGCAAUACAAAUGGAGAGUAACAAUCAUAAGGAGUUGAAUAGUACAUCCGCAAUACAAAUGGAAAAUGUUGAACACAAUAAAAAUAACGAAAAUAGUAAGAAUUUAAAUAUGCAAAUAAGAACAGACCAGAUUUUGCCUUUGAAUCCAAUUAUAGUCUCUUCAGAGAAUAUUCAUAAGGACAUAUGUUUCAAUACGUGGGAUGAGAUAGACGACUAUUUUAAUGAAUACGGUGCUAGAAACGG